UGUGUGCACAGCAGUUGGGCAAAUAACAAAACAGCUCCAACUGUGAAAUAAACAACGGUGGCUUUACCAGUGUAAAACGUUCUUUUUUAUUUGGAUGGAAGUUAAGUGGCACACAACAACAACAACAGAAUAAAAGGCUCAGAAGAAAAGGCAGACAUUCCUAGAGGUGCAGACGUACUUUGGGUAGCUCGCCUCAGAGGAGAUGUUCCGAUAUACCGCUGCGCCCCGUGCGAGGAAAAGGUCGAGACCAGCGGAAGUCUGCACUCCCCGGUGCGAAGAGGUGAAGUUUGAGGACGUUAGGGUGUACCUGGUGGAGAGGAAAAUGGGCCGCAGCAGGAGGAGCUUUCUGACCCAGCUGGGCACGUCUAAGGGCUUCAUCGUGGAAGACGUCCUCAGCGACAAGGUCACUCACGUGGUGUCAGAGAAUAGCCAGGCUGCAUCGCUGUGGAAGUGGCUGAAGGAGUGCGCAUCGAUGGAUCUACCCAACGUGCAUGUGCUGGACAUCAGCUGGUUCACUGACAGCAUGAGAGAGGGGAGACCUGUUGCCGUGGAGACCAGACAUCUCAUUCAGGAUACCGAGCCCACGUCGGCAGAAGGUUCCACGCACACUCUCAUGGCCACCGUGUCUCAAUACGCCUGCCAGAGAAGGACGACCACAGAAAACAAUAACAAGAUAUUCACAGAUGCUUUUGAAGUGCUGGCGGAGAGCUAUGAAUUCAACGAGAUCGAGGGUCGGUGCCUGGCCUUCAGGAGAGCUGCGUCCAUGCUGAAGAGUCUGCCCAGGGCAGUGCGAUGCCUGGGGGAAAUGCAGGACCUGCCCUGCCUGGGAGAACACACAAAGGCAGUCAUGGAGGAGAUCCUCCAAUGUGGUUGUUCGUUUGAAGUCAAGAAGCUCCUUUCUGAUGAAAGGUAUCAAACAUUUAAGCUGUUCACAAGUGUGUUUGGGGUUGGACCCAAGACGGCUGACAAGUGGCACCGCAGAGGGCUGCGCUCAUUCAGCGACAUUCUGGCAGACCGCAGCAUUCAUCUGAACCGGAUGCAGCAAAGUGGUUUUCUGCAUUAUGGAGACAUAUCCAGGGCUGUCAGUAAAGCGGAGGCCCGGUCCCUGAGGAACAUUAUCGACGGAGCUGCCCGUGCGAUCACUCCGGCCGCCAUACUAGCACUGACAGGUGGCUUUAGCAGGGGGAAGGAGUUUGGUCAUGAUGUAGACUUUAUCGUGACCACACCUGAGCUGGGGAGGGAGGAGAGUCUGCUACCCGAAGUCAUUGAUGGACUGAAAAAGCAAGGUAUUCUGCUGUACUGUGACUACCACGCCUCCACCUUCGAUGUUGCAAAGCUUCCCAUCCGGAGGUUUGAGGCCAUGGAUCACUUUGCAAAGUGCUUCCUGAUCCUGCGGCUGGAGGGCAGCCGAGUAGAGGGAGGUCUCAACAGCGCCGAGGGAGACGGCAGGGGCUGGAGGGCAGUGCGCGUGGACUUGGUGUCGCCACCUAUGGAUCACUACGCCUUUGCUCUCCUGGGCUGGACCGGCUCCAGGCAGUUUGAGAGAGACCUGAGGAGGUUCGCUGGAGCCAAGCGAGGGAUGCUUCUGGACAACCACGCCCUGUACGACAAAACCAAGAAUGAGUUCCUGGCAGCCGAGACUGAAAAGGACAUCUUUGCCCAUCUGGGUCUCGAGUACAUCGAGCCCUGGCAGAGAAACGCGUAGGCCUCCGCUCCUCACAGGCUGGAUGAUAACCCUGCGCUGUUCAUCAUCAUCACUGUUCAUCCCAUCUGCUUGCCAUUCUGCGGCUCUCCCGUGAUUCACUUUCAACAACGGCUCUUGAUUUCCAUACAGUUUGUGUGUUGUUGUUACUGCUACUGUGCUUGUUGUUGUCUGGACUGGUGUGACGAUUCAUAAUUCUGCUUAUUCACUCUUUGUCUGCGAGCGAGCAAACACUUCGCUGUGCCGUCCGUGGCUGCACCUGUCUCUAAGUGUUGUAAUCAUUGGCAGGACACAAAGACAAAUCAGACGGAGUGCGAGUCGCCCGAGGUGCCUGCGAGGUGCGGAUGAGAGGGAGCCUUGAAAGAAAUGCAGGGGUGGUGGAGGGAAAGGAGACCAGAGUAGAAGACAGGAAACGGCGAGGAAAGCAAAAAGGGGGGGGGGGAGGGGGGCUUUUGUCGAGCAAAAUGUUGUAAUCAUCCUCCUCCUGCCAGAAGAGUGCUCGAUGAGAAGCUGAGCCAGGUCUCUGGGGAAUGGAGAGGCGGGUAAUGAGCUUCAGAUAGAGGAGCGUUCGUUGGCGCCAUUUAGCCGACGUCCACUGGAGAUCAUUUAGCUGGCAGCGCGGCAAUACACAGAGACCCUCAGCCCCCGCUCUUGUCCCACAAUGAAUCCCCUUCCCCAGAUGCUCGGCUGAAAUUAGAGGCAAUCAGCUGCACCGGGGAAAUCCUGAAGAAUUCAGACGGAAGGUAAAUGAGUCCACUAACCACAUGAAUGGGUCUCGGCAUUCAAAGUAACUCCAGGCUCCGGCGCAUAGAACAUCCAUUAUCUUAUUGGUUUGUCUUUGGCUUAUGUUUUAUGCAUGACGGUCAAUUAUUACGAUUUCUGUCCUUAUUUCUUUCCGUAUGGUUGCUCUGUAGGACAAUGAUUCACUGAUGAAGAAACAUUAUUGAUCCCCGUGGGCAAUUUGGUUGCUGUCCACACCCUUAACCCACUUUCCCAUGAUGCUCAGUCCUCGGUUUAUCCCAUGGUGCCUCAACAAGAGCAGAGACGGAUCACCCUAUUUAAAGAUCUUUUAAGUAGAACAGUCCAGCACUUUGAGGACUCGACCAGGGCCUCCUACCACCACCCUUUCGUCACUCUCCCUCUGGGUCUCUUUCUUUCUCUCCAACACAAAACACACUCCGAAAGGCUCCGAGUUAACCAGAUGGCACCCCGUUCUCCUGGGUUAUCUAAUGUUUUCACUUUAAAGCGGGGAAGAAUUCUUACCAGAAAAUAGAAAAUCAAGCUGACCUCAA